CAUGGAUGCAGUGGGGUUCUUUCAUUCUCUUCCCCUUCUUUUCAGGCUUCUAGGGUGCGAACCUCCGAUGGAUGGACCCAGGUGUGAUUGAUCCCUGGCUCAGGCGCCUAGAACCACGUUGGCUCGACUUUCUGGUUCACCUCUCAUGUGCUGGUGGUACCUACCGAAUCCAUACUUGAGAGUUUGCCAUCUGGUCGCCGACCCUGACUAACCCCAAAAUGGGCAAUUUGGCUUGCCUCCGGUAUCCCAUCUGAAGCUAUAUAAACCCUUGUCGCGACUGGUGUUCUGGCUUCCUUCAUCAUCAAACAACACUCUCUUCUUCAGUUGUCUUUCUCUUUGUCCCAGUGACAUUACUUUCUUUUCAGUCAAUUCGACUGCUUCAUUCUCUUGUCAAUCUUUGACUACCACUAUCACUUGUCUGUCGAACAGACCAAUUCCGUCUUCUUCUUUAAGAACAAUCUCUUCAGUCUCUACAUCCUCAGUCAAAAUGAUGUUCACCAAGGCCUUCCUCACUGCUGCCUUUGCUACCCUCUCCACUGCCCUGCCCCAUGUCAUCCAGCGCAGCGGCGAAUCCUCCGCCUCUGGAGGCGGCGUCCAGAUCGUCAAUAAGCUGAGCCAAACCGUCUACGCGUGGUCGGUCGCUGAUAGUGUCAGCGACAUGCAUACCCUCUCUGCGGACGGCGGCUCCUACUCCGAGCAAUGGCGCACCAACUCCAACGGCGGCGGCGUCUCCAUCAAGCUGUCCACCAAGCCUGACCAGUCCGAUGUCCUCCAGUUCGAGUACACCCAGUCCGGCGACACCAUCUUCUGGGACAUGUCCUGCAUCGAUAUGGGCUCCGACUCCGAGUUCUCCAAGUUCGGCUUCACCGUUGAGCCUUCCCAGUCCAGCGGCGACUGCCCCUCCGUCAACUGCAAGGCCGGCGACACUGCCUGCGCCGAGGCCUACCUGCAGCCCAAGGACGACCAUGCCACCCACGGCUGCCCCAUCGCCACCUCUUUCGUCCUGAACAUUGGCAACUAGAUCGCCAGCGAGAGCGCCAGCAAAGAAAAGCAAGCAAUAAACGUCGGCGAGCCGACGACCACCAAUACAACUAUACCCGGCCACUGGUCACUUGGUCACCUUCACUCUUGCUUGAUGCAAUUGAGGCCCUGAACAUGUGGAGCUUUUGUUCUUUAUUCCUUUUUUUUCUUCUGUCAUCAAACACUGGGACACGACACUCUCUCACUCCUGGUUGAGUUUGAUUCUCUCGUUGUCAACCUGUCAUAUAUAGAGUGCUAGCUACUCUCUCCCUGUCGAACAGGUCGAGUGACGCGCUACGAUUCAUGUUUGUUUAUGCUAUACGAUAUAUGAAAAAAGUCAUAUAUGGAUCUUGGAUUGGAUUUGGAUGUACAGAAACAUUAGAAUAGACU